AAGCUGAGAGACAAAGACAUUCCGUAGACGAGACGAGAGGGAAUCUUCUGUGAGGGCGGCGCGCAGACGGCUUUCAUCGUAUGUAAAUACGUGUCCCGCAAAAAACGUAUGGACGACCAAUAAAAACCCUGUGUGGGGAGCAGGGCCGGGCGUCUCGCGGGCGCACUCGCAGCCGCACUCUGCAGUUGCAUUCGGCCGCGCCGACGCGCGCACGCAGCCUCCACCCUCGCCCUCACUAUGCGCAUGCCUGCACCACCGACGAUCCUAGUUUUUGCAGUAUUUCGUUAACCACUAGAACUUCGCGUGCGAUCCGUUUCUGCUUCGCCGAUCGCGUAGAUUAAGGGUUGCGGACCGCUCAAUUGUGUCAGUCGCUCUUGAGUUGUGAUUAUGAAGGCGAACGCGGUCGCUCCAGUACCAGCGGGCGGGGAGGCGAGCCCCGCGGGCCUGCCGGUCGAGGACGCCAUGAGGGGAGUCGAAGGGACACCAGAGGAACAGGAAAAAUUAGCGGCAGGAAACAACAAUGGCUCCCUGGACUGCAAACUGCCGCCCCAGCAGGCCGUCCCUCGCUCCGCCUUCCAUUCCACACGAGUCUUCAUGCUGGUUUUCCUGUCCGGUUGGGUGCUGCAGGGGAUGUUCCUCACGUAUUUCGUGAGCGUGACGACAACAGUUGAGAAACUUUUUAAGAUCGAGUCGAAGACAACUGGGACGUUGCUGGCGGCGACGGAGAUCGGUCAGAUAUGUACGGCGUUGUUUUUGACGUAUCUGGCGGGGCGAGGGCACCGGCCGCGAUGGAUCGCGUGCAUGAUGCUGGUGCUGGCCGUGGGGGUUAUCGGCUGCGUGCUGCCCCACAUGAAGUACGGGACGGAGCUGUUGGAUGUUCACUUGGAUUCCCACAGAGGCGGGGCAGCUCCGAUCUGUUCCAACGGAACGACGAACAACAGCUCGUGUGACGCCGCGCACGUGCAGAGCACCGCGAACCGCGCGUCGAUGACGGCGGUGGUGAUUCCGUGGCUGUUCGUCUGCCUGCUGGUCGUGGGCGUGGGACAGACGGGCAUCGCUACGUUGGGGAUCCCCUAUGUCGACGACAACGUUGGCAGCCGACAGUCGCCACUCUACAUGGCGAUCACCAUCGGCAUCAGGGUGAUUGGACCAGCCUUGGGCUUCCUGCUGGGGGCUCUUUGCACCAGGGUGUACGUGGAUCCCCUUACCGAUCCCGGCUACGAUUCCAGUGACCCGCGAUGGGUCGGAGCUUGGUGGCUUGGGAUGGUAUUUAUAGCCGGGUUUAUCGUGAUGCUGUCGGCGCUUAUGUUCUUCUUCCCGAAGCAGAUUCGGCAGGAGCCUAUGCCUGUCAUCAGGAAGAGCAAGGAAAAGAGCCGGCCAUUCUUAAAAGAUUUCUUCGCCACAAUAAAGCGGCAGCUGACAAACGACAUCCUAAUGUGGCGGACAGCUUCAUCUGUACUCCAUCUCAUGCCGAUAUCUGGAGUCUACAGCUUCCUGCCCAAGUACUUGGAGAAGCAGUUCCGACUGCCCACGCACGACGCUAACCUAGUCUCGGGUUUGGGCGGUAUUCUAGUCAUGGGUCUGGGCAUCAUCACGUCGGGCGUGGUGAUCCUGAAGCUGGUGCCGACGGCGCGGCAGGUCGCCGCGUGGACGGCGGCUACGGCUGCCAUUUAUAGCGCCGGCAUGGUGGUGCUAAUGUUCGUGAGCUGUCCCGAGGAGAGCUACCGCGCGCUCAGCUCGGGUGUGACAGGAGUCGGAGGCAACCUGUCCUGCAGCGCGGCCUGCGCCUGCGACGGCGUCGCCUACAGCCCCGUGUGCGGCCAGGACGCAUAUACAUACACAUCGCCGUGCCAAGCGGGCUGCCUCGGCAGCGUGCAGGUGGACAACAGCACGUGGCUGUACCACGGCUGCGGCUGCAUCGCCAACAACGGCACCGCGCCCAAGGCCACUAGCGCUUUCGAGCGCUACGCGCUUCUCAACGAGUCAUCCUAUUUACUCCGCGAGAUUCAGUCCGACGAGUUGAGUUUAUCCGGGUACGCGGUCACCGGCGAGUGCGGCGGCCCUUGCAAGCAGAUAUACGCGUUUAUUGCGAUGUUCGCUGCGCUCAUGUUCGUACAUGCGAGCGGGGAAGUUGGAGCAGUGCUGCUAAUUAUACGGUGUACUGAUAAACGUGACAAGGCGAUGGCGAUGGGCGUGAUCCAGUUCGCGAUCGGCGUGUUCGGCAACGUGCCGUGCCCCAUCGUGUUCGGCGCCGCCAUCGACGCGGCGUGCCGCGCGAGGGACAAGCUGUGCGGCGCGCUCGGCGCCUGCGCCUCCUACGACAACGACAGCUUGCGACAUUUGUUUUUGGGGUUGUCAUCGGGGCUGAUGUUCCUGGCGUUUAUCAUGGACAUGCUGGUGUGGAGCCGCGCGGGCCGCAUCGACAUGAACCCCUGCGACCGCGACCCCCACCAGUCCCCGGGCGACCGCGACCGCGACCGCGACCACCACCAGCACCAGGCGCCGCUGGCCACCGUCGCGCAGCCGCCGGAGAGCCAACUUUGACAGCUUUACGAGUCACACUUCUAAACGGUGACAACCCUGCAAGGUAACUACCGCUGGGUUAGCGCUGCGGACGCUUCGAGUAGCACUUCUGUGGUAGGUCUUCCGCGUUGACAGAUUAUAUGACUGUAGCUCUUUAGUGGCGAUUGUGACGCAUAUUGGUAGUAAUUCUUUACGCUGUGAAGCAAUUGAUCAAAGUGUACAUUUUAAUGUACGAAUAUUGUCAAUUAGUAUGGUUUUUGGUAUAAAGAAGUUGUUUAGACUUACUAGGAUCGAUCGAGGAAUUAGAUUUCUGUGCCACUUCGUACCUUCACCACAGAUUCAAUUCAUUCAAUAAUACUUUAAAAUCAUAUUGAAUGUCUCUGAGACAGGAUACGAAGCGGCAUAGAAAUCAAAUACCUUGAAUGUACGUAUCUACCUAAACGACAAGUUUUACAAAAUUUUGACUAAACUAAGAUUGUGUUUUUAAGUUUUUAAAAUCGAACGAGAAAAGUGGUCGGUUCGACCGAGGUUUUUAACUAUAUGAAACAAUAUUGUUAUAUUAUUCAGCUGGCAUCACUGACCAGUUAAACAAUUAUAAAUUUAGAUCAAAUUUAAAUAAAAUAGGUUUGCAUUUUUUUCUGUUAUAUUUGUGCAUUUUAUACACUAGUUACAUUUUAUGAAAUAAGUAUUUCUGCUCAAUUUUAUACAAGAGACAGUGACGAAUCGAGCAUAAUAUUUUUCAUCUGUAAAUAUAUGUAAUAAAUGAAAUGAACUGGGAUCAAAUAUAAGCUUAAAUCAAUAUUUGUAUAUAAUAAAUCAUAGGCGACUACAUACGUUUUUUGAAAUGA